AUGUCUGGAAUGGGAGGUCUCGAGGCCAUGCUUGACCUACAGCCGAUUGCUGGGGCAAAGUCACUAUCGUGCUAUCCGGAUGCUAUGUUCGACAACGGUCUUACGGGUGUUUAUAGUCCGGGUACGUGCCCACAUGGAUGGACUACUGUAACUCUACGCAUCGAACCCAGCGCAAACCGGGACGAUGAGACGACUACAGCUAUCUGCUGCUCCUCUCAUUAUACUUUGGAAGGCAGUCUCUGUAAACGAUCGACUUCCUCAGUGGUAGCCAUCCCUUACACUUUCAACCAAACAGCGCAGUCUUACGAUGCUCAUUCCGAAUCCGCCACUACUCUAUACAGCGCAACGAUUGCUGUCUACACCAUUCGGGCCCUGUUCAAGGAUAGAGACAAGGAUGCCCUCGGACUCAAAGAUGAGGAUGAUAUUCCAGGUGUUGACCACCAUAAAGACUCUCUGUCUUUGGGUGAGCGAAUCGGCAUUGGUGUUGGCGUUGCAGUUUUUGUACUCUUGGCGGUUGGAGGACUGGCCUUUUGGCUUAUCCAUCGAGAAAGAGCCCGGGCAGAAAAGAGAAGACCGCAUGAACUCAACACGGUGGGCAACAUGCGCCAUAGCUCGUCAGGAGCCGGUGACGACUUCUACGCUGCUGCUGAGGCCAAUCAACGAAACAGAGGCCGCGGAAAUGCAGAGCCUCCUCCACCUGCGUACGCGGCUACAGACUCGAACAGCAUGACAGAGAACGACAGCCGUCUAAGCGAAGAUACAACAACACGGGACGAAGAGAUCAGGGCGUUACAGAUCCAAAAAGAAGCGAUUCAACGUCGUCUCCAACAGCUGGAGCAGGCUGAUAUACAGAACCAAACAGACAACCGACAUAACUAA